UUUUUUUUUUUUUUAAAAUAGGAUGGUGCCUUGAUUCUCUUACUUCAGUAAUUCUUGAUGUUUGGGCCAGAGCAUGGCUACAUUCUACUUUAGAACUGUAGAAUUAAUCCCUGGGAGGAAUGGGUUCCAGGAAUCUGCAUUUUCAACAAGCCCUUGAGGUGAUUUUAAUGCAUAUCAAAGUUUGAGAAUGUUUCUUAAUAUUUUAAUGGCUUUUCUCUGGGAGAUUACUUCUUGCUUUGUAGUAAUAAUGAUAGCUACCAUUUUGGGGAACUCUCUUACGUGUUAGGUACUAUGCUAAAAAAUUACAUGUUUUUCAGUUAACUGUAGAUGUAGAACAACUCUGACGUAGGUAUUCCUACUUCCAUUUUACACAUGAAGGAACUGUGACAUGGUAAGUGGCAGAAAGUUGGACUUGAACAUAUCUGUUAAUCACUAUACCCUACUGCCUCUGAACUAGCGUUUAGAAUUGUACACAGUACUUUGGUUUUGAUAGACCAUGUUUUUGUUAAGGGCAAGAUAGUGUAUUCUAUCUCAUUUCCAAUCCAAUCCUUAAUGAAGUCCAUUGGUUUGUUGGUCUUUUUGCUGAAGUUGCACAGGCAAAGUUGCAGAGGGAGAGGACCUCUGUAAAGACUCCUAGGUCUUCUUGCUUUGUUGUAUUGAGAGCCUACCAGGCUUAAAGUAAAUUUUAAGUAUUUGAAGUUUUCUCCUUCCUGUGCAUUACCUUGUCUUCCACACACCAAAAACCUACCACUUUCUGUUUGCUUAUGUAGUCAUUUGAAUUCUUUCUGUAUUUUCUCCAUUGAUGUGAGUGAUUAACUAUUUGGACUAUCAUUGGAUCAUUGUAAACUGAAUAGAUUUUUCACUGCAAGACCCCUUUCUAAAUGAGCUAAAAAAAUGUUAAAUUUGAUUGGUGUGUUGAUUUUUUUGAGGUGGGGGAACUUAAUCUAGAAAAAUACCGGUUGUCUUUAGUUUCUUCCUAGUCUUUAAGCUUAGCUAACUGUGUUUAUCUUUGGAGGCUCAGGUCACACAUGACCUUUACCAGAGCUCUGUCCUCACCCACCUCAGGCUUCUGUAAAUAGCAAUGUUUCUGAUCCCAUCACUUCACUUUCUGUAUUUAAUUGUCUGUGGCUAUUUGGCCUAUUUGAUCGGAAGACCCAUGAGGUCAGGGAGGACCAGUUAGACAAUCAGUAGGCAUGUUGAUGUAAUAAAUAAAAGAAGAAAAAUAACAACUUUAAUCUGUGUUUGUAAAAAAUGGUACAUUGCUAAAAGGAAUUAUUUGUGAUCUUUUCCCAUAUAAUUUAAUAGGACUUAGAACAAAACCUCAAUACAAGACCCUAAAUUGUCCAAAUUAAUAAAUAGUGAUAUAUUGGUAUAUGAAAUAUAAAGAUUUUGCAGAAAGUGAAGCACUCCCAACUGUUCUUUGUUAUAUUUUGGCUUCUAUAAGGACUUUUUAUGACCAUAAAACUUCUUAGAUGAUUAACUGAUACAUGCUACAGGCUUAUAAGUAAAGGUAUUCUUUUGGUACGUGUUUAUGUGCAUAUUCGUGUUUUGGCCCACAUAAUAAGUACUAACCAUAUGAAUGGUUGUUUCUGUAGUUGGGCACCUAUCAGCAGAUCCUCCAUUUGGAUAAAGAGCAGUUUGGGCACUUUAAAAGCCAUUUUGAAAAAGGGCUGAAAAUUAGUUGAGUCUGAAAUUAAACUGUGGUUACCUGCCUGAAUAUCAGUAAUAGUGGCAUUUACCUUUUAUGGCUAUAUUUGCCAGCCCCUUGAAUUCCUUCACACACUUCCCAUGUACUUGUCACAUCAGUCCUCCAAGUCAGAUACUGUUAUUCCUAAUUUACACUGCGGGAAAUAGGCUCUGACUAGUUAGGUAAGUUGCCCAGGGUAAAGCCACUGGUACUGUUGGGAUUCAAACCCAAUUUUCCCCUGACCCAAAGCUCAUGGACUUUAUAUGGCAGCAGUAUCGACUGAUCUUCCAUGAUCAUAGAAGUUAUAGUAAGUAAACCUACUUUUUACAGCUGUCAGAAUAUGCUAGUAGAACUCCUUUCAUGAAUUGAAGAUGGGUUUCUAAUAGCCCCUGUGUUUUGUUUUUUUUUUUUUAACAUAAGAGAUGCUUGUUAUGAAAAGCUGCAAGACGGUAGUAUAUGAAGCCCAACACAACAAAAUCUGUAAUCUUCUCAUUCAGAAGUUAUCUCUGUACAUGGCAUUUUCUUCCAGUCUUUUAUUUAUUUAUUUAAAAUGAAUCUUUGGGGGACGUCUGGGUGGCUCAGUCGGUUGAGCAUCUGACUCUUGAUUUCAGCUCAGGUCGUGAUCUUGAGAUCCAUAGGAUCGAGCCCCGUGUUGCACUCUGUACUGACAGCGCACAGCCUACUUGGGAUUCUCUCUCUACUCUCUCUCUGCCCCACCCUCCCCCCAAAAUAAAUAAAUAAACUUAAAAAAAAAUUUUAAAAUAAAAAAUAAACUUCAUCUUUGGUGUAAAUAAGAUGUAAUACCCACAUAAGCUUGUAUCUUAGUUUAGUUUUGUGGGGUUUUGUUUUUGUUUUUGUUUUAACUUAAUGAGCUUUUUACCAUGGCCUUAGAAACUUUCUACUUUCUUGAUUUCUAGAAACUUUUUUAUUUUUAACUGGCUACAUUUUUUUUUUUAUUUUUUUAAAAUCUUUCUUUCUCUUUUUAGUAAUCUCUGCACCCAACCUGAGGCUCAAACUCAAGAUCCCAAGAUCAAGAGCCGCUCACUCUUCUGAUUGAGCCAGCCAGGCACCCCUUAACUGGCUAUAUUUUAGAAGAUAUUUUGAAUAAGCUUGAUUACUUGGAGUUUUCAUUUAAUGUUGGACAUGAGUGUAGUUGCCAGUUUCACCAUUAUAAAUGAUACUGUGAUGAACCAUGGCUUUAAAAGUUAACCUAAGCUCUGAAUGAUUAGAGCAACCAGUCUAAUUCUUUUUUUUAAGUUAUGUUUAAGACUUUUUAAUGAUUUGAAAUGUAGUGAUUUUAAUCGUAAUUUGACAAGUAUAUACAGUAUACAUGUAUUUGUGAUGCCUAGAAAAUUUACAUGAGAGUUUUUAAUAGAGAUUACCUCAGAGGGGAGAAAAGUACUUUUAACUUUAUUUUUAAAAAGAGAAAACUUCUUGUAUUUGAAUUUUGAAACUAUAAAUGUGUAUUGUUUAAAAAAAAAAUCAAGUCCUGGGGCACCUGGCUGGCUCAGUUGGUUGAGCAUCCAACACCCGCUCAGGUCGUGAUCUCAACAGUUUGUGAGUUUGAGCCCUGCAUCAGGCUUGCUGCUGUUAGCACAGAGCCUGUUUCAGAUAUUCUGUUCUCCUCUCUUCUGUCUCUUUCCCCGCUCCUGCUCACGCUCUCAUUUUAAAAAAUUAAAAAAUAAAUGUAAAAAAAUCAACUCCUUUGAAAAAUUAAGAUCUUGCUUCUAAACUAAAACCUAAUUUUUAGAUGUGUAAUAGGGUUUCUAUUGUGUUAAUAACAUUUUAAACCUCAGUGCUCUUGUUUUGGAGAAAGUUCCCUUCUCAUAGCUUAUUUUCCUACUGAAUUUUCAUUUCCUAUUUUAAAUUUAGGUCGUGGCACAGAUGUGAGUCUCAGCUUUUUAAAAAUACAAAAUGAAGCUGGUUUUUGCUUGACUGCACUCAUUGAUAAGUACUACAUGUGCAGUGUUUUCAGAAUUUAACAGCUUAAAAUAAAGAUGUUUCAAAUCAAGAUAGGAAAGCAGUAAGCAUCUUCCUGGUAUAUGCAACAGACUUAGAGGUGUUCUGGCUGCUAGCUUGUUUUAUAUUACUAUAUACUUUUUAAAACACAAGUUAAUUUUUUUACAUAGUAUGUAUUUUGUUGCUUUGUUACUCUUAGCAAAGGUAAUAUAAAAGAAACUGACUUGCUUAAAAUUUUGAAGACAAAAAAAAUCUGUGGUGUUUAUUCAAAUUUCAUUUUUUAACAAUAUUGGUUUCUUUAUCACAUUGGGUCUAAGCAUUUUUCCUGUCAUCAUGAGUGGCAUUUAUGUGCAUCUGUCUAUAAAUGUGUUAUCUAGGUUGUAGCAUGGAUGAGAGGGAUUACAUGAAUUGGGAGAGCAGUAACCAUAUUUCUUUCUGUUCAAGAAAUUAUAUAAGCAAGCAAAUGAAUGAGAGAAAAAGUCUUGAUUCCACUCUUUGAAUGAUGUAAAUUAUUCACAAACUUGUAAUAUUACUUGUGAUGUACUUCACAAUUUCAGAACACACUAGUACUGUAUUUUGUAAUAAGAGCUGUUGAAAAUUGCUUUCUUAACAUAAGUAACCUGUAUCCACUAUGAUUUGGUAUUACAUAGUAUGGAGUUUUUAUAUCAUCUUCUGUUGAAUUUUUCUGUUUGUAACUUAGGAAAAGCAGACUUUUUUCCUUAGUUUAAAAGUUUUUUAUUCAGGGGACGCCUGGCUGGCUCGGUUGGAAGAGCAUGCGACUCUAGAUCUUGGGGUCUUGAUUUCAAGCCUCAUGUUGGGUAUAGAGAUUACUUUAAAAAGUAAAUGAAAAACUUAAAACAUUUUUUAAAUUCAGAACAUGUCUAAUAAGUAUUCUUGUGUAAAUUUUAGAAAACAUUUUAGAAUAUGAAAAAUUUGGUUAUGAUGUUGGAUACAAAGAUGGUUCAUUUGAAAAGUUUUCCUUUAUUUGACCAUUCACAAUAAAUUUUACAGACCAUUCACAAUAAAUAAGUAAAUAAAAGACUGAGAGAGAAUCUUUGGGACUGUACAAAAGUAAGGAACAUCCAGGGAAGGUCAGGAAAUUCCUAGGUGAGGGACCAAGAUUCAGAACAGAAGACUUCUUUCUGCUUUGUAUCUUUUAUGCAGAAGAGCGAUAGCUGAGCCCCAGGGGAAUACAAACCUGCCAAAGCAGUAUACAGAGAUCUCAGGCUGAGAGUUCAAGAUAAAUUUAAAACGUAAGGGCUUAAGACUUGAAUUGGCCCAGAGCAUUUUACAGCUUAUAAAGCACUCUUACACAUUCUUGCUUGGUCUUCGAAACAACCCUUUAAAAAGAAUAGUUUCAGUUAUUGCUCUUGUUUUAUAGAUAGGGAAAGUGAAGUCAAAGAGAAGCUAAUUUAUCCUUUUCUCAGCACUGCUGUAACUUGAAUUGUUUAUCUAAGAUGUAUUCUGCUAUCCCAUGAUGUUUUAGCCUAAGGUGAUUCCUAGAAUACAAUCAAAUAUAGGUAAAGGAAGAAAAAGGUCACUGAGGAAAGAGAAGGUAGUGUCUAAGACAUAGGGAAAUCGAGUACAUUAACUGCGAGUUUCUAGAAUAGUGGUGGCAGCCCUGGGGUGGACCUUUUAUAGAAUCCUGCAGAGAUAUUGGAGGAAUUAAGGAGCUGAAGAAAUUCUUGAUGUCCUUGAAGAGUUAAGCUUUUAGAAGCGAUGGGUGGAAGGUUAGUUGAGGAGAGAAAUAAUUCUUUGAUUUUGAGCUUUCUCCUGAGAGGUCACUUGUCUGUGACAUUUAUUUUGGCUGUUAAUUAUACACUGGUAUGUAAUUAUUAUUAUAUGAGUUAAUUAUAAUUAAUAAUUGAUUGCAGCUCUUAGAGGUAAGGGAUGCCUUUUAUUUCUUUUAUAUCCUCCUCUGAACUCUUCUGCCAGUUACUUAGUCCCCCGAAGCCUUGUUAGAUCUAUACUUCAGAGGAAAGGAGAAGUGAGAGAAGACAUGGGUUUGAAUCACACCUCUGCUUUGUGACACUGGAUUUAAACAGUCAAGUUAAACUGGGAAAUCAUGGCAGAAGGUGGAUUCGAUCCCUGUGAAUGUGUUUGCUCUCAUGAACAUGCGAUGAGAAGGCUGAUCAAUCUGUUGAGGCAGUCCCAGUCCUACUGCACAGACACAGAAUGUCUUCAAGAAUUGCCAGGACCUUCUGGUGAUAAUGGCAUCAGUAUUACCAUGAUCUUGAUGGCCUGGAUGGUUAUUGCAGUGAUUUUGUUUCUACUGAGACCUCCUAAUCUAAGAGGAUCCAAUCUUACUGGAAAGCCAACCAGUCCUCAUAAUGGACAAGAUCCACCAGCCCCUCCUGUGGACUAACUUUGUGAUAUGGGAAGUGAAAAUAGUUAACACCUUGCACGACCAAAUGAACGAAGAUGACCAGAGUACUCUUAACCCCGUUAGAACUGUUUUUCCUUUUGCAUCUGCAAUAUGGGAUGGUAUUGUUUUCAUGAGCCUCUAGAAAUUUCACUUGCAAGCUUAUUUUUGCUUCCUGUGUUAUCACCAUUCCUUUUUACAGCAUAUUUGAGUAAAUGAUUAUAUUAAAAAAAGUUACAUGGGCUUUUUUGGUUAUCCUACACUUAAACAUUCCACUCAUUCUGUUUGUAACUGUGAUCAUAAUUUUUGUGAUGAUUUCUGGCCUGAUUGAAGGAAAUUUGAGAUCUCUGCAUUUAAAUAUUUUAAACAGUUUUGAUAGGUUUUAAAAUUGCUUUUUUUUUUCAUUAGGUAUUUAUAAAGUUACUUGGGGUUGUCUGAGAUUGUAUGAAAAAAAAUUAGAACCACACUGUAUUUACAUUUACCUUGAUUUGCGGGUGGCAGUUAUCUCUAGUUCUUGGGACUGUGGCAGCCUUUGGAAUAUUUUACAAUUCUGUGUCAUCCACUACAACUGGCUUAUAUGGCUAGAAAAGGUAGGGAGAAGAAAUGAAAUAGUUGUUUACUAAGUUUUUUAUUCCCGUAAAAAUGUCUAAUAUUAGGAGAACUUAAACAUGAUUUAAAUAUGGUGGAUGAUUUACAGUCCAUUAUAGCCUUACAAGGUUUGUGAAAGGAGGAAAAAAGUUAAUUCUUUCUGCCUUUGCCAAGUAUAUUCUAUACAGUAAUAAUUUAAGCUAUAAUUUAUUUGUUAAAUGGGUGCCUCUCAGGAACCUUGUUUUCUGUUCUAACACUUCCCUGUUAAAUGGAACUAUCUUAAAGCUGUAUUGGGGACCUAUUUGGUUACUGAUAUUUGAAUGCUCUUUACUUAUUUAGUCUAUUUUUUCUGUGAGGAAAAAAUUGAAUCUUUUAUUAUCCUUCUUACUUUAAAAUAUAUUUGAUGAAUUCUUAGUUUACUCCAAGGGAGAAGGAGGAAAAUGAAAAAGCAAUCAAGGAUCUUUUUCUCACCCCUUAUCUCAUUCUUGUUUAGUAAUAAGAUGGAUUGGGUGAGGAGGAGCAUUAAUAUAAGUAAAAUUUUGAAAUGUAUGAAAAGUAAAAGGUUGCAUUGUUUUGCUCAGUUUGAAAGAAAAUACAAAUGGCAUAAAAACGAAGUCUGCAUGACCUAUGUGGUUAUGGAAUUUUUUCUUAGCAAGUGAUUACAGAUGGUUUAUGGGGGCUAGAAGAUAUUUUGCUAUCAAUGUAAGGAUUUUUCCCCCAGAUGAGUCUAGCUUUUCACUGUAUUGAUCUGAGAAAUUACUUGUAUGAAUUAAUAAACUUCUCUAUAUCAUUGUACUGUUUAAUAGAGUCUCUGAUACAAUUGUGUGAUGCUCAUAGGGUAUUUUCCCCCCUUUAUUAUGAUUACAUUUUAGGCCAUAAACAUUUUAAGGGCUUCAUUCAUUAUAUAAUCCAAUGUUGACUGCUUGCAUUCCUUUUGUGCAUCUUGGCUUUGUGCUUAAUUUCUUGACAUAAUAUAACCUACUCAAUUACUUUAUGCUAAUUGAAGGGUAUCAUAACACAGGUAAGUCAAAUCUUGGAUAAUUGAGCACCAGAGGUUUAAAGUUCUUCCUCUUGCUGGGCCUAGAAACCUUCCCAGCUUUAUAGCUGUUAGAGUAUUUAAUGCAGAAAGGGCAGGAAUGGCAUAGGAUGGAGCUAAAUCUCUGUAAGCAUUCCUUUUUCUGCCCUUGCCCCCUAGACUUUGAAGGCUUACACAUAUAUCCUAACAGUCUUUUCUCUAAGCUGCUAGAAAGCCAAUCUUUGGCAGAGAUACUGAUGUAUUUACUGAAUCUGUGGCUCACAAAUAAUUGAGAAUUGGCUUUGGUUGAAGCCAACUGGCCUAGACCUGGGAACAGAAUGUCUAGUGUUAGCUAGAGACCUGCAAAUCUAGAUUCUUAUUCCUGGUUCUUCAUUUCUGUUAUGUACACUUAAUUGAUAGUACAUCUAGAAUAUUAACCUUUUCUAUAUGGACCAUCUAUUUAAUUAGCAACAAAGCUCCUAGAGAAGUAGUUUUGUUUUUUUUGCUUAUAAAAUUUCUCCAUAUUCCUGAGAAAGACCAUGUACUACUGCAUAUAAAGUAUUCCUGUUAACCUAACUAGUAAUUUAUAUUAUUCUAUUUAAUUCUUAAACUUCUACAUGUGGCCUUCUUAUUGAGCACACUCUUAGUCAUUACUUGGCUUGUAAACAUUCACCUGAACUGUGGCUACAAUCAUUUUUAAAUAAUCUGGAAAAAAGAAAGCUAAAGCUUCACAUUUUAAUUUUUGGCUCUUAAAUAUUCCACAACUAACAUUAAGUUAAUUUUAUUUAAGAGUGAUUUGAUGUACCUUAUGCAAAGUAAUGUUUUCUUUCCAUAUGGAAAAAGUUAACAUUGGAACUGUGUAUAGUAAAAGAUUUUAUCAUGUAUCUAUCCAAGCACUAUCCCAUAGCCAGCAGGUCAUAUUUUAAACUUGCAGAGAUUUUCCAAAGUAACUGUUAGGUUCAGCUAUUCCAUGGUUACUUUUAGUGUCAUUGUGUGGUAUGUGAUGUGGUAGUAUUUAUAGAAUUACUGAAUUUUUAUAUUUUCAAAGAAACCUUGGAAAUUUAUCACUCUGAAUUAAAGUCUGUCACUCUAAAUAAACAUGUGCUAAAAUUGGACCAGCGCAUCAGCUUACGACACAAAAUAGCAACUUGAAGGAGAAAUGAAGCGUUUACACAUAAUGGAUUAAAUUUUUGUUGUUGCAAUAGUAGGUUUAGUCUUAACAUAAUAUUUCUAAAUGAAAAAUCAUAUGUAUUUGUUACCAUGUCUGAUGAUUGCUUUGUUAAAAGCAAAAGUGGUCAUGUGAUGUACUAAAUAUUAAUUGCUGUUUUUAAAUGUUUAAAUCAUGCCAAACAAAUCAUGUCUGUGCCAUCCAGGGUUUAUUGUAAUCUUUUACUGAGUACUUGGACUGGGAUAAAGGGCUUGUACUAUGCACUUUUUAUUAAUGAAUAAAUAGAAAACGUUAGUAACGCAUUGUUUUCUGUUUGGCUUUUGUGGGAAUUGAAGCAAACAUCUUUUGCUUAGUAAAAUGUUAACAUUCUUUAUUAAACAAUUUCUUUGUAAGACUAUUUACUCCUAACUAAAGACAUUCCAUAGAGAAAUGGAAUUUUCAAGGAAAACAUUUCUAUAAUAGCAGUAGGGCCAGUAUUCAGAAGUAGAGAUUCUGAGAAAUCUUUAGGAAAUUAGAUUACAAUUACAUUUCUUUAGUUACUGUUUUUCAAAUUUCUUCUAGGAUACAGGGUUGAUAGACAUUUGCUUUGAGGGAAUAAUAUCCAAUAGUAUUAAUUAUUUGAGCAGACAGAUGUUACUUAAAAGGAGCUAGACAUGUAACUGUACUGAACACAUGCCAAAGUAAGAAUUUGCUUUUGUCCUGUGACCUGGAAUGCAUCCAGAUAACUAGGAUUGUUAAUCCCCAUAUACAUGUUAAAAUUUUUUUUAGACAAUUUUACAAUUUUUUAAGCAAUUUUACAAUUGCUCUGGGCAUGGUUAUGGUAUCAGUGUCUUUGUGAUAUUUAAGUGUUCUUUAAAACAGCAAAAUUUGUGAAAUACAUAAUUUCCUGAAGGCAGUUAAUGAUUUCAAUCUCAAGUUUGUCAUACAUAUGUCAGUAGAUCUCUGAACCCCUGUAAUGAUAAGUUUUCAUUAAAUGGUUCUGCAGUAUUAGUUUUCCUCUUAGAAAGUGGAAUUCUAAUAAGUUUUUUCUUCCUGCCAUUUCAUCUGAUAGUUUUCUCAGCUCCAAAUCUCAGUUUAUAGAGUUGGUUUUUCUCCCCACCAAAAAGUUCCAUAAACACCAACUGUGAUUAUCUAUCAUGCUCAGAUUUUUAAAAAUUGGAGUUAUCAAGGUGAUCUUUUCCCAUGGGAAACUUAACUUUGCAUAUCUUUUCUCAAACAAAUGGACUAUGUUGGUUCAGUAAACAUUUCAACAAGCAUUUAUAUUUGUUAAUUGCUAAACUGUUUCUGCUUUAAAAUGGGUGUUAUUCAAAAUUAGAUUACGGAAACCAUUUUAAAUCAUCAGAUGCCAAAUUAAUAACGUCUAUUGAAAGGGAGGUGGAAGAUGUCUGGGAAGCAGGGAAUAUGUACGGGUAAAGAAUAAUAUGUGUAAUUUUAAGAAUAAGGCAACUUUCAUAUCAAAAAAGAAUAUUCCCUUAUACAAAACUCUUCUUGUUUCUAGGAAAUUUGGGAAUGAGAAAAAAAUAUUUACAAUCCCUGCAAUACCAGAGGUCUUACCUCUUAAAAAUCUGGUUCCUAUAUUCUCAUAACUCAGACACACAGAUUAUGUCUUGAUGAUUAAUGAAUUUGAAUUGCAUUGUUUGUGAAGAACUGAGCAAAAUUAAAGAGCACAAAUACUACAUAGCAAGUUCAGCAUUAUAGAAUAAGUCUCCUAUGUUGUUUUUAAAUGAAUCUGUUAUAUAGUUACUCAUUAAUUCAGUGCUAAAGGAAGAGGCACUGUACAUUCAAAAGGCAUUACAGACCCUGGCCUGAAUGCAGCUCUCCCUGACAACUAAGUAGUAUAGAAACAUUAAACUUUGGAAGUCUGGAUGUUUUAAAGGUGAUUCCUUAACAAUUAAUACAGCAAGUAAAAUUUUGUGGUUACAACAUAUAGAACAAAUACAAAUCUGACACCAGAGCCUACACUACCAACACAUGGAUUAAGAUUUACGUCCUUGUGGGUGUCAGUUAAGCGUCCAAUUCUUGAUUUUGGCUCAGGUCAUGAUCUCAUGGUUCAUGGGUUCAAGCCCCAUGUCUGGCUCUGCACUGACAGUGCAGAGUCAGCUUGGGAUUCUCUCUGUCCCUUCCUCUCCCUCUCCUUCUCUCUCUGAAAUAAAUAUUAAAAAAGGAUUUAUAUCCUUGCAAAUUUGCUUAGCCUUCAAUUUUAAUCUAACAACCUUUUCUUUAAAAUUACAUUUUACUCUAUUUUGUUUUACAUUAUACCUCUGUCAACAUCCUAUUUCCCAGAGAGUUUCACCAGCAACAGCCUACUGAAAGCUGAUGUUCUCAGGCUUCAAGCAUGAUUCUGUUAGCCAAAGUUCAAUGAGAAAAUACAAGGCUUAAGGAAGUAUUGGACUAAAUAAAGUAUAAUUGAAAAUUAUAUUUUCUCCAUUGAAGGGGUAGUAAUUUUCUCUCUACAACAUCAAAGGUAUUCUUUUCAUUGUGUUGCAAUAUUUAAGAAAUCAGAGUCAAAUAGGUAUAAACUAGCAACAGUUAAGGUUGAAUAAUUGUAGUAAUAUCCUUGUAAUAAAAAUAAUCAUAAUAAUCUUGUAAUAAAUUCUGAUGCUAAUCUAUGAAAGUAUCAAAGAUAUUAAAAGGGUGUUUUUGUUGAAGAAAGCUGUUUUUUAUCAUUCUGUAAUUUUUGUCCAAUUCUCAAACUUCUAUUUUAAUUGUAGUGAUUGUCUCAUGCAAUAAAAAUAUUUAGUAUUGCCAAUAGUGUUUUAGCCUUGGGAAAAAAGUACUCAAGUAGCUUUGUGUGAGCUUGGCUUAAUGCUAAGGUAAACAAUUCAUUCAGAUUUUUAGUUUUUCUCACAAUUAAAAGAUAGCAUAUAGCUUAUAGUAGUGAUUCCCAAACUUUCUGGCUUGGGAGCCCCAAAGAACUUUUGUUUAUAUUAUGCAUUAUAUCUAUCAAUAUAUAUACUGUGUCCAAAAUUAUAACAGAACAUUUAAAAGUAUUAAGUAUUUUAAAAUAAUAAACCCAAUACAUAUUAAUAAAAAAAUUUUUAUGAAAAAAUAACCAUUUUCCAAAAUGAAAAUUUAGUGAGAAGAGUGGCACUGUUUUACAUUUUUGCAAAACUCUUUGAUAGCUAGCUUAGAAGAGAGCUGGCUUUUUAUUUCUACUUCUACAUUCAGUAUGUUACAUGUUCCCUUCUCAUGAAACUGUGUGAAUGUUAGUUUUUGAUAACUAAAUGACUACUGGUAUUUUGAGCAGCCUAUAUACCUUGACUAAGGAAAACAAGUUAUGUGAACCUUGGGGAGCCCACUUAAUUCGGAGCACCACUUUCCUCAUUUACUUAUCAAAUAUGAUACCUACCACUUUACAGACAACUGAAGUGAAGAGCAAAUGAAAUGUGUGUAAAAAUGCUUUGUAAAGUCCUAAAUAAAUAUUGUUACAUAAAGGCUC